AAUCAUCAGGGAAAAAGAAGAAAAAAAAAAUCUCUAUAUUUUCUCUUCCGAUCUCUGCUUGUUUCUGGUCUCCCAGGUUCAUACGUUUCCCUUCUCUCUCCGUGUAAAUACAUAUAUAUAUAUAUAUACAGAAUCAGAACACAGAAUAUAAUUUCCCAGAAUACGAUUCUUAUUUAUAAGCCCACAGAUAUCAGAUUCUAAUUCCUUCAAUUGGUUGGAAAUUUUCUGAAAUUUGUUGGGUUUAUUUUCUUUACUGUUUAGCUUUUAUCUGCCUGUUGAACUAUCUGUAAAUAAUACCACGCUUAUACGCCAGUAAUCUCUUUUCGUAUUUGCUUAUUUCUCAAAUUUCUGCUUGUGGUUGAAGAUUGGGGGUUGUGAAUUGGGUUUGGAUUGUGUGAUAAUGGAUGCCUUCUGAUGGGUUUUGCAUAAAGUUUGAAUCUUUGUUGUGGGGAGAGCUUUGCUUCUUACAGGAAUACCUUUUGUGUGUCUGUGAGGGUUUAAUCCUAGAAUUGGCCUAAAUUCUGAAUAAUCUGUUGAGCAAUAGAAAAAUCAGCCAAGUUGGUUGGUUUUUGCUUGUUGUAUUUUAGUUGAAGCAAGGGAUUCAAACAAUUGAGUGUUUCCUAGCAUAAAUUAGGUCUAUAAAGCUCAAAGAUUUGGGUGUUGUGAGCAUUCUGUGAAGAUGGUGGAAUCAAUUGCUGCUACAUCUCUUUUGAGGCACCUUCCAGUUUAUGGAGGGUUUAAAUGCAAGGAUGGUCCAAACAGAAGGAGGACAUUUAAUGUAUGCCGCCUGCCAUCUUCGGGGUUUCUUGGUCGAAAACUUGUCUGCAGGGAGAGGUUACAGACUGAUAGGAGGGUGGUUUUGUCGGUGAGAAGUCAGGCGAUGGGGGUGGCAAAAGAGGCGUAUUCGUUUCAGGAGAAGGAGCAAACGCCUCUGGAUAAUGGGUACUGGAUUGAGACAGAUGUGGAUCGGAAGCCUGGGAUAUGGCCACCAGAGAAUAGGGCUGAUAACCCAGCCCUUCAUAAUCCAUUGCUUCGGCAGGAGAGAAUGGGUUGCGGAUGGUUAGCUGCUAUAUUUGAAUGGGAAGGUGUGCUAAUAGAAGAUAAUCCUGAUAUCGAGAAGCAAGCCUGGUUGGCUCUUUCCGAGGAAGAGGGAAAAUCACCUCCACCCGCUUUUAUUCUCAGGAGAAUUGGAGGAAUGAAGAAUGAGCAGGCAAUAUCAGAAGUUCUUUGCUGGUCAAGGGAUCCAGUCCAGGUGAAGAGAAUGGCAUCUCGGAAGGAGGAAAUUUACCAAGCUUUCCAAGGCGGGAUCUAUAGUUUCCGAUCAGGUUCCCAGGAGUUUGUGAAUAUCCUGAUGCAAUACAAGAUACCAAUGGCUUUGGUCUCAACACGCCCAAGGAAGGCUAUCGAAAACGCAAUCGACUCAAUUGGAAUUGGAGAAAUCUUUAAUGUCAUCGUAGCUGCAGAGGAUGUUCACAGGGGAAAGCCCGAUCCUGAGAUGUUCAUCUAUGCAGCACAGCUUCUUCAAUACAUACCCGAGAGGUGCAUCGUGUUCGGGAACUCAAACCAAACAGUAGAGGCAGCACAUGACGCACUGAUGAAAUGCGUAGCCGUUGCUAGCAAGCACCCAAUGUACGAGCUCAGUGCUGCUGACUUGGUUGUUAAGCACCUCGAUGAGCUCUCGGUGGUUGAUCUAAAGAACCUCGCGGACAUCGAGUCAACUGAAUUUGGUUCGGCUGAACCACAGCUGGAGAUGGAGGAAGAAGACGACCUGUAUCCAUCUUCAACCGUGGCCAUCGAUGACUUCUGGUAAUAGUCUCCUUUGUACAGCAUGUUAUGUUUAAUCUAAUUGAAUAGGGAGAUAGAUUAAAAGGCUACACUGAAUAUCAAGAAAACUAUAUGAAAGAAGGUAAUGUAUAUUGGCCUGUAUGUACUAUGUGUAUUAUAUAAACAUUUGCUACUUUCAAAUUCUAGUAUUUGCUCCAAGUUUCUAAGAUCAAUAUGAUUUAUGAAGUUCAAAGUGAAUGUCUUCAA